AUGGGGAAUGCGAACGCCGACGCGCUGGACGGGUCCACAGCGGUCCGCGAGAGCUGCUACGCCGAUCGCAGCGCGGUGGUCACCUGCACCCUGUAUAGCAUUUGCACUGCGGCGCUGCUGCUGCUGAACAAAGUGAUCAUAAGCUAUGCGCCGCUGCCGUCGAUGGUAUCAACGCUUCAGUUCUUGGCGACCGUGCUGGCGGCGCUCUUUGCGAUGGUCCAGGGCGUAGCUCCGGUGGACCGCUUCCUGUGGGAGCGCGCCAGGCAUUACCUCCUGUACGUGGCGAUGUUUGUGACGACCAUCUACUGUAACUUCAAAGUGCUCGAAGUGUCCAACGUGGAGACUCUGAUCGUCGCACGAUCCUGCGUGCCGUGCCUAGUCGCGCUGCUCGAGUACGCCUUUCUGGGCCGCCAGCUCCCAUCCUGCCGCUCGUGGCUCGCGAUGCUCGUCAUGUGCAGUGGCGCGGUGGGCUACGUUAUGAGCGACGCGGGCCUUGAGAUGGCAGGGUUGACAGCAUACACCUGGAUCACAGUCUACUUUCUCGUGGUAGCAGUGGAAUCCGCCUACGGCAAGCAUAUCGUUGGCCCACACCUCGGCUUUGGAAGCAUGUGGGGUCCGACGCUGUACACCAACACUAUCUCCAUCCCCCCGAUGGUCGCUAUCGGGCUCCUCUCUGGUGAGCAAGAGGCUCUCUUGCGUCACGCCGACUGCUCCAAGUCCAGCCCGGUGGAGGAUGCCGACUCGAACCAAGCCGUCGUUCUUCUCGUCCUCAUCUCGUGCGCUCUCGGCGUGGCUGUCGCGUUCCUCGGCUUCGAGGCUAGGAGGCUCGUGUCGGCGACGUGCUUCACAGUGUUGGGCGUGGCGGGGAAAAUGGCGACGGUGACCGCCAACGGGCUGAUCUGGGACAAGCACGCCUCGCCCGAGGGUAUUGCGUUUCUGGCGGCCUGCCUGGCCGGUGCGGCCAUAUACCAGCAAUCUCCGCUGCGAAGCGGGGCGAUCCAAAGGAGAGAUGACCGCGAGAUGACGAUGCAACCGAUUCGUCAGCCGGUGAGCGUGCGCGACGAAGGAGCUAGCGACAGUCUUAGCCACCAGCGUGUGUGA